AAGCCAGUUCGGCGGAGCUCCAAAGACUCCGUCUAACACCUCCCUGCCUCCUUUCCCCUCCCCACCUCUGGAACUCCUGCUCUCUCGUCACUGUGGUCAUUGUGAUGAGCACUGUUUCACCCACUCUUCACGCCAGGAAGGAAGUGAGUGUGGUUGGGUGUCCCUCUCCUCGUGGAGGACUCGGUCCAGGCGAGGGCACCAGGCCGGGACCAUGCCAGCGCUGAUACCCCUGCUUGAGAAUAGCCAGAACACGCGCGUAGGGGCCCCAGCAUGGCUCGAGGAGGCCCAGGCCCAGAUGCUGAAGGCACAGCAGCUGACCGACCGCUGCGGGCGGGAGGCGGUGACCAUGUGGCAACCCAAGGACAGCGUCUGGGACCCGCACGUGGCGCACCACCUCUGCCGGGCCGCCUAUAUCCUGCCCUGGCGCUUCCGCGUGGAGAUGGUGAAAGGCGGCGGCACCUUGGAGAGACCGCCGCCGGGCGAGGGCGUCACGCUGUGGAAGAGCAAGAUGAAGCCNCCCGCCUGGGGCGCACGCCUGCCGCUGCCCCUGAACCGCGACGCGCACGCCCUGCAGACCGCGGACCUGGUGCAGGCGCACGCGCGGGGAGCGCGCGUCACCGCCGCCCGCCUGGGUCGCGCGCAGCAGCAGAUCAAUGGGCAACUGCGGCUGCUGCUCCGCCAGCGAGAGGCUACUGACCACAGGCUCAGCGAGGUGCGCAAGGGCCUGCUAAUCAACCAGCAGAGCGUCAGGCUGCGGGGCUACCGGCCCAAGUCUGAGAAGGUCCCUGACAAAGCUGACAGUAUGCUGACCUGGGAGAAGGAGGAGUUAAAGAACUUAAAGAGGAAAAUGGAGAAAGACAUGGAAAAAUCAGAGGCCAUGCUCAAGACCCUGGCCUCCUGCCGGGACACUCUGGACUUCUGUUGCAAGGAGAGGCUCCAAGCUGUGGACUUAAUGAACAAGCCACUGGACAAGGUUCUGGAGCUCGCCGGCCGCCACUCCUGGGUGAACCUCUCCCACGUCCAAUCCCCCAGCACUCAGGGUCAGAAAACUCCGCCUCCAGACCCAGUGGGCACGUAUACACCAGAGUGCGCCACGGUGCUGUACGAAGCCAAGCGACUGCUGAUGGAGUCCAAGGACAUCUUGCAAGAGCUGGCAAAGAACGAGGAGGACAUCCGGGAGCAACAGCUGCAGAUAAGCGACCGCGUGUGCGCCUCGCUGACCCAAAAGAUGCGCGAGACCUCGGAGCUGAAGGAAAAAAUGAACAUGACCUUAGGACUAAUGAGGGGCACUAUCCACCGGUGCAGGAAAUUCAACCAGGAGAUGUACAUCACCCGCGGCCUCAUCAAGGGUCCUCUGUUGAAAACUCACCUGGAGACUCGAGAGAAACUGGACAGACCCUUAGUUCGCGUGUACCAGAGACACGUGGGCACCCAGCUCCCGGAGGCCGCGCGCCUUCUCCAGGGCACUGACAAGCUGCAGCGCCACAACUUACACAUGGAAAAGAACCUGGAGGAUCUGCUCGCCACGAGCAAGAACCUCACCGACAGCCUCAACUGCAAGGAGAUCGGGCGCGACGCGGACUACAAAGUGGUGCGCCUGCGCCUCCGCCAGCGGCACCCGCACGUGAGCUACCAGCAGGCGCAGGCGCUGGUCAACGACUGGGACCCACGCACGCCGCCGCCACGGCCACCACGCGUGGAGUCCAGCAACGCUGCCAAGUAA